AGUGAGCUUCUGAUUUGUUUUCGGCUGAGUUCAGAACAGCUUUGCGAUGAGAAAGUGAGUGUGUUCGUUGCCGUUUUGUGCGGGUCUCCCUCCUCCCCUCCUCUCUCUCUCUCGGCGAGUUCGGCGUGUAAAAUAAUAAGUUUCUAAGUAUUUUUGGCAGCUGAAGGAAAGCUUUUAGCCAGGAAAGAGAGAGGGGGGAAAUACGCCUGUGGAAUGUCAGGGCUCAGACAGAAGCCAGUGCGAGCGAGAGGGAGCUGAGCGCACUGCCGAGUGCGGGAAGUGGAACUGCACUCGGUGAGUGACCGGGCGAAGCAGCAGGGACCGUGAGUGUGUGAGAGAACGGGAACGGUGCCCAUGACGUGGACCAGCACGAUGAGCAGCGGUUACAGCAGCCUGGAAGAGGAUUCCGAGGAGUUCUUUUUCACUGCAAGAACUUCCUUCUUCAAGAAGCCUCAAGCUAGAUCUAAACCCGAGCGGGAUGCCGGAAAGGAACGGGAGCCCCCAAAGGUCUUCACCCAGGAAGAACUCAGACAGAAGAUCAAAGCCUAUAACUCCUCAGUUACCGACAGGUUAAAAAUGAGCUUGAACUUGAAUGAAGUAUACACUGGUUUCAUCAAGGUUCAGAUGGACCUUCAGAGACCCAUCACCAUACGGGCCAGAUCAGCUCAGGGCAGUCAAGUGUAUAACAACAGCAAUGAGACGGCCUUCUAUUUGCCUAAGAAUACCAGCAACACCCUGCACAUCAGCAGCAGUAACACGGUGAAGGAUGUCAUCGAGGCCCUGCUGAAGAAGUUCACAGUGAUUGACAACCCUGCGAAGUUUGCACUUUUCAAGCAGUUUCUCGUCGGUGAUCAAGUCUAUUCGAGCAAGCUGUCAGAUGGCGAGCAUCCCCUGUACCUGCGGCUGUUGGCAGGACCUAGCAUGGAUGCCUUGAGUUUUGUGCUGCGGGAGUACGAGACUGGGGAAGUGUUGUGGGAAGCCUUCAGUCUCCCAGAACUGCAAAACUUCCUGCGGAUCCUGGACAAAGAGGAAGAGGAACAGUUCAAGCUGCUGAGAAGGUGCUACGUGACCUACAAAGCCAAACUUGAGGCAGCACUGAAAGCCACAGGGAAGCCGGAUUAAUCCCCGGAAAGAUGCAAAGCAACGCACAGUCUCGGUGCGGGCAUGCUUCAGGACAGGGGACACAGGGCAAGUAUAGCCAGCCUUCAAACCUGAAGACUUCUGUUUCAGCACCGGAAACAGAACGUACCUGAAGCACUGAACCCAUUGAGCUAAGGCCAGGCCUCACCUCCAUCUUAUAUCUUCGCUUGCACAGCUGCCAAGUUUGUUGGACAAUCGUGAAGGUUAUUUAUUAACGAGCUGCUCGGAUGCACUGUAAUGGUGGUGAGAUCUCCCUGUGCUUACUUUGUGUAUAAUGCAUUUAUGGCGGUAGUUCAAACACCCCAGCCUUGACAGCCUGAUGCCUUACAAUACGUGGCUUUGUUGUCCUGCUUGUGUAGACACUGAGUAGCCACGAGAUGACCGUGGUCAAUGUGAAAACCCUUCGGCCUUCCCUCCAAACUGAGAAUGGCAAAGGAAUACCCUUCUGAACCGUCUGUUCCUCAACCUCCUGUAAAUAUGCAGUGCCAAAUGACUUUUAUUGUUGCAAUACAUAUGUUAAGGAUACUAAUUUAUGUGUGAACAUUAUUUAAAAGCUUUCCGGCAGGAUAGGAAGAGAUUGCAGGGUUGGAAUGCAUGAGACAUUAUGUAGCGCGAAGGGUGGGGAGGUGAGAGGUAGGCCAAGGGAAGUGGGCGGGUUAAAUACUGUGUAAAGGAAGUGCUCUGGGGGUCAAGGACAAAAUGGAUUAAAGAGCUCCCAAAUCAAAGUAAAAUUUAUUUUACUUUGCUGAAUAGUAGCUAUGGAUUGGUUAUUAUGUAAGCAGUGCACACAACACUGGAGGAACUCAGCAGAUCAGGCACUGUCUUUGGAAAGAAAUGCAUCUCCCCAAACAUUGACUGUCCAUUUCCCUCCAUCGAUGCUCCCUGACCUGCUGAUUCUUGUGCAUUGCCUCAGAUUCCAUCACCUUGUGUCUCCUGGACAUGUCGGCAGAUUGUUGUACUGGGACUAAGAUGGAAAGAAAUUUAGGUUUGGAGGAAGGAGUUCUGUUUGUGUGAUGUGGCAGGUCAGAAAAGCUUUAAAGCAGGCUUCAGCAGUGCAUGAAUUAUACUCUUGAGGGCCAUGUUCUUAUGCCUGCAGCUGCUGAUUGGCUGAUGAUAAUUGGCUCAGGUUUGGCGCAGUGAGAACUUGACAUUGGCUUCAGGAAGGGCCUCUUGGCCUUUGGUGUUUUUCACCCUUCCAACCACGGUUUUGGGCCUCUUAUUUUGCAGAUGUAGCAUCACUCAGGCAGCGUGCGCAUUACUUGGAGUGAGAACAGGUGAUUGUGCAGUCUAGUAACUGUUGUCCACAAGGAGAAUAAAAUAGGCCCUUGGGCGUGGCAUGUUCUCACACCCCAAGUUUGUUGCCAAAUCCAUCCACUGUCUGUGUGGAGUAUGCACGUUCUCCCUGUGCCUGUGUGGGUUUCCCCUGUGCCAGUAAUUGGCUGGUGUGCAUUCCCCCCAGUGUGAGUGAAUGGCAAGAGCAACAAGAGGGGAGUUGAUGGACAUGGGGAGAGAACAAAAUGCAUGACACGGAAAAUCAGAUGAGAGGUGAUAAAGCUGAUGGGAUUGUUCUCAAUAGGCCAAGUGGCCUCAUAUGUCAUGAAGAAGACCUGAGCCCAAGGACUUUCUCAAUAGGCCAAGUGGCCUCAUAUGUCAUGAAGAAGACCUGAGCCCAAGGACUUUCUCAAUAGGCCAAGUGGCCUCAUAUGUCAUGAAGAAGACCUGAGCCCAAGGACUUUCUCAAUAGGCCAAGUGGCCUCAUAUGUCAUGAAGAAGACCUGAGCCCAAGGACUUUCUCAAUAGGCCAAGUGGCCUCAUAUGUCAUGAAGAAGACCUGAGCCCAAGGACUUUCUCAAUAGGCCAAGUGGCCUCAUAUGUCAUGAAGAAGACCUGAGCCCAAGGACUUUCUCAAUAGGCCAAGUGGCUUCAUAUGUCAUGAAGAAGACCUGAGCCCAAAGGACUUAGCAUUCUUUCCCCAUGUGGCAAGCUGACCCAGAGGCCCUUGAAGAAAAAUGGGAAGGUGGACUAGCCACAUUGUGCUUGAAUUGGUUUUGAGAGAGCGAGAGAGAGAGAGAAAGAAGAAAGUGAGAGAGGGAGAGAAAGUGAAGAAAGUGAGAGAGAGGUGAAGUGUGAGAUGGGGUGAGGGAGAGAGAGUGAGUGAGAAUGGGCGAGAAAGUGAGGAGACGAGAAAGAGUGAGAAGGAGAUGGGGAGAAGGGGAAAGAGAGAGAUGGAGAGAAAAAGAGAGGAAAAAGAUGAGGAGAGAGAGGGAGUGGGGAUAAAGAAAGAAACAGACAUAGAUAACUUGCCAUAGUGGGUGGCAGGGAAUAAGGAAGACCCAGGGGUGAGGGAAUGUGACUCUCAGAAGCUGCUUACAGAAAAGAUCACAAGCAUGUGCAUUCUGUUGGUCAGAUCUUGAGGCAUCUUGUCGCAAUUUAUAAAUUUGGUCAUCUUGAUCUUCCUGUUAUUAGGUGUUGGUUUUGUUUUAAAGUGUAAAAGCUCCCAGUAUAAUGACUUGGUUUUGAUUGGGUUAGUCUUCCCCUUUCUGACCUCUAACUGUGGCUGGGUUAAUGGACAGGUCUCUGCUGUCACCCUCCCCUACCUGGCUUGAUCUGCCCGUAAUCCUACAUAUCUCCUACUUCCCCCGUCCCACCCUCUACCCCUCACUGUCUCCGCUUUCCACUCUUCAGUCCCAGUGAAGGUUCUCACCACAAAUCACUGAUAGUUCCUUCUAUCCCAGCAGAUGCUGCUUAACCCAUUGAGCUCCUCCAGCAGAUUGUUUCUUGCUCCAGGUUUCAGCAUCUGCUCUCUGGUGUCUCCAGACCUUCUAGUGGGUUCAUCCUCAGCACCUUGGACAGCAGAUUAUCUUCAGUCAGCUUCAGUCUAUGGGUUUUCCUUGUCUCUCCAUGUUCCAUAGGAUUGUCAUGUUUUCAUUGUCUUCCUGGUGUUUAUUCUGCAAAUCCUAUCUGUGUGGGUCUGAUGUUAACCAUCUCACUCAGCCUCUUUGCUGGGACUUUGAUGAGAAUCUUCUAAGCACAGGGCUGAUGGGAAUUGGACAUUAGUUAUUGAUGCCUUUCAAUAAUUCCUGGUCUGUGGUCCUGGGAAUUAGUACAAUCAUUUGGCAUUAUGAGUCUCUGAAACAGACCUUGCUGUUAGACACAGUAUUUUCCAGGACUACAUCCCCCUUCCCUCUGUCCAGGACGUGAUCUCUUUCUCCUCCAUCCCUUUUAAGUGCCUCUUUGAUCUCGUCUGGUUCGGUUGGUUUCCAUUCACACCUUUUUUCUUGACUACUGUAAUGGUCCUCAUCAUUGGUCUGAAAGCUUGCUGAAGCCACUACCUGAUUGUGAGGGCAGUUGGGCACACCCAGUGACCCUCGUUAAUUGGAGAGCAUCUCUUCCCAAGUAUUCUCUGGCUGUUCCUCGCAAAUCUCCUGGUUACGUGUCACCUGGUGUAUGCUUUGCCUUCUAUUCUUGACCUGUAUGUCAACUAUCAUUGGGUUUACUCUUGUAUUCCUCUAUCAGGUAAUGGAUGAUCCAUUCUACUGAGUCCAGCCCUGCAGCAAAGUCUUCACUGUUCUUCUCUCCCAGAGGAGUGCCUGUGCCCAAAGCCCUCCACUAGACUCUUCUCUGGGACAAUGACUCUUGGUUUUGGUCUCUGUCAGGGCUUGGCUCUCUCCAUGCUCCUUGGCCAUUUGGACCUACUGGUCCUGACAGUUAUGGGAUCUUACUGUGUGUAAAUUUAUCUGCCAUGCUUCCUACUUUACAGCAGUGACCUUGCAUCACAAGUGGUUCAUUUGUCAUAGAACGAUUUUUGACAUCCUGCAAUGGGACGUUCCAAAGAACUUUAUUCUGGGAGUUUUGGGCUUUAAAAUUGGGAUGUGAAAGGUGCACAGAAAUGCAGUGUGACUUGUAAGUUUUGGCAACCUAAAGAUUGUGCUUUAAUCAUCCAUGGUAGUUCAAAGGUAAAAGAAUAAGAAGUUGUUAACCAAUAAGAAUAGUCAUGCUAGUUAUUAAUUAAGCUACACAAGACUUGGACUGGACAAGGAACACGCCUGGGGGAGAUUGUCAGAAAUCUGAUACAAAAUUGUCUUGUCCCACAUUUACAAAGUCAUGAUCCUUUUGUACAUCCCAAAAAGAAAUAGUCCAUUGAAUUUAAAUGUGUGGAUUACAGCCACUUCCACUGUGUCCUGGGAGUCACCUCCUCUGAUUGGCCCCAGCUUUUGGGAGUCACCUCCUCGAUUGGCUUGUGGGUAUUGUUUUGCCUGAGUGUUUUACUCACGAAAUGUCCCAGAGCUUCUGGCAGCAAGUCCAGGGUUUGUGUAGUCACCUGACACUUAGCUUUGCAAAAGCUGUUAAACCACACUGAACUGGUGUAGAUGAUUAAAAUGGUCAAACGUGAUCAGGGUGAACACUAAUUGGAUUUGUGGUGGCUCUGUUUGUGGUGAGGAGAAAGGUGCAUAACCGAAAAGGCAAGCACAUGAAAUAUCUGGCCACCUCCCCUUCCCUCAACAGCCGUGCACACGCGCACAUAAAAUGUGUGUUCUGUCCAAUGCCUCCGCCUCCAUCUCCUUCACAGCGAGCGGUUCAGUCCAUGCAAUCUUCCUGACAACUCUGGCAUCUCUUGUGUGCCUUGCAGUUGGCGGAGAGCAAAACUCCCGACGAAGUGGAGCAAGGACCCAAUAUCCAGCCCUGAUUCUGAUCUGGUCACCUAACUGUGACAGAGGCUUCAGAUACGGACCUGGUGGCAAUGUAUCAUUUGAACCAACAAAUGGGACAGGGGUGGGUGUGGAAGAUUCCUUGUGUGUUGUGUAUUUUUAAACAGGGGUUUAUGCUUUCAAUGGACUUGCCUUGUACUACAGAUCUCCCACCCAGGGGCCCUUUAUGGUGUUUGGGUAUAUUGCUUCUCUUGACUGGGUGUAAAGUGCCUUGGAGCGUCCAGGGGUUGUGAAUGACGCUAUUCAAUAUGGAAACCCGUCCUCUUCAAUCCGAAUGAUCCAGUCUUUGCCACAAGUUUUCUGGAAGGAGUUUAGGACCAAAGAUAAUUUGCUCCUUCCCCUUGCUGCUGUUCAAUUAUUAUUUAAUGUGUGGCUACUGUAUUGAUUUUGGAACCAUUUCCAAAGAAUGAUUGAUUAGUUGUUCUAAAAUUGCUGUGAAUUGAGAACUUGGUUAUCAAUGGAUCAGUGGGGGAAGAGGGAGGGAGAAAAACUUCCAAAGAUUCUUUUUUAAAUUAUUCUAUUUCAGUCUUGUUGGAUAGGGGUGGGGUUUGCAGUGAGAAUGGGGAGACGCUCCUUGUACACCUCACUAUCACCAGCCCCCUCAGAGAAAGAUAACAAGUGGUCCAGUGCCUCUGUAGCUGGGACAAGCAGAAGGACAGUGGGGUGAGGAAGAUCCUCCUUUAUUGAAGAUCCUCUCUGCGUCACUGAAACCUCUACCCUGUGAGAUGACCCGUUCUUAUCAUGCAGCAGAUCUCCACUUUUUUCAACACUAUUUCUGUAUCCAAAUGGAGUUGCUUUUUUUUAAUCCCCCUUUGGAGGUUUAGCUGGAGGGGUUGGUGGGCAACAGGUGAACACUGUGUCUUCAAGCCCAAUCAGUGACCCAGGGGUCUGUUGUGGAGCCACACGGUGAUCGCAGGGUAGAGAACCAAACGGAGAUGGGCCAAAAGGAGGGAAGAGCUACCGCUGCCCACUGAGUUGCCUUUUUACUGUGUGAUGGCUAGUACCAAAGAAUGAAAUUAGGACACUUUAGCUCAUCAGGGAAUUGUUGCUGAAGCAGAGAAAAAGAAUUGAAACUUGACAUUUAAUUUAUAGGUGUGUUUUCCAUUGUAACACCAUUUUGUAUUCUUAAUUUUAAAAAAAAAACUGUACCAAAGUCUCAUACUGAGCUGUUUUGGUUCAUGUAGACAUUGUGCAAAAAGUCUUAUAAUAUUUGUUGGGAUGUCUGCCCUCUUGCUCUGAACUGAUUGAGCAAGAGAGCAGCAAUGGGUUCAUAUGCUUUUACUGUGAAUGGUAGUUUCUUAUUAACCCUUUACUUGAAGUGUUUGCACGCCGCUCUGGGAAUAUCAGAGAACAUUGGUGACGCCCGUGCGUCACAUGACACACUGGUGGUUCUACUCCAGGGGAGCUGGUCAAGUUUGGAGUUGUGUUUUUACUGCAACUCCCAGCUGCGGUGGAAACUGUGACUAAGGCUCCACUGAUGUAAUCAAACACUGAUCAUGUACUGCUGAUCCUCCCAGUCGAAGCCAUGAGCUGUAUUCUGUAUCAUUUAAAUCACCAUCACUGCUUUGUCCGCAUAUGCAAGGGUACAAAUAAGUAAUGGUCAUUGGACUUUUAAUCGUGGAUUUGCGUGUGUGAAGAAGCACAAAUUUAAGCAGUGUAUAGGACUGAGUGUUAUGGUAUUUAUAUUGACUGCAAGUGGAAAUUUAUUUUUUAUUAAAGAGAAUUUACUCUCUUUACUUUUUAAGAUAUUGAAUUUGAAUAAAAUGGCUUUUGUAAGCUGUGGCAUAUUUUAAUAAAGAUCAAAUUGA